AUGAAGCAAUUGACUGUAAGUUAUGGUCUAAUCUCUCCACAAACCGAUACAGAACAUAAAAACUCCCAUAUUUUACCAAUUAGUAAAAUUUAUACAUGUCCUGAUUUGAAUUUAUUCCUCACAGGUGGUAGAGAUGGUUCCAUUAUCAUAAAUGCUAAUGAUAAAGAACAAGGGAAAACAAAGAAAAGGUUACAAGUUCAUAGUGACUGGGUUACUGAUUUGGUAAGAAUUCCUGGAACUACAAAAUUCAUUAGUGUUAGUCAUGAUUUUUCAAUUGUUUUAUUUGAGAUUUUCUAUAAUGGAGACCCUGAUUCAUGGAAUAUGAAAAUUGUUGGUAGUCAUGAUGAUUAUAUUAAAUGUAUCGUGCCACUAUUAUCUAUGUCCAAUGAUGAUUCAGAAUUUUGGUUCGCCACUGCUGGUCUGGACAAGAAAAUUAAAAUAUGGAAAUUAUUCGGAUUUGAAUUCUCUGAAAUCUCAUUAAUUCACGUUUUUGAUAAUGCAAAUACACAAGAUGAUACAGGGUCUAUUUAUACAAUGGUAUCCGUUCAAAACGAUACUUCUAAUCUACCAUUUGAUCUGGUCGUUGGCGAUGCAGAUGGGAAUAUCGUAUUGUAUUCAUGUCAAGAUAAAAUUGAAGUCAAGAGAUUGAAACACGUUCAUUCUACAAAUAUUAAAGUAAUUAAAUUACUAGAAAAUUCGACAAAAUUGCUUACAACUGCAUCCGAUGGUAUAAUUAACUUAUGGGAUCUGGUACCUUCUGUACGAAACGUAAAUGCAGAAAAUGUUUAUAAACCAACAAGAAUCGGAUCAUGGAAAUGGGAUUGUUCAAUUUGGUGUAUUGAAGGUUCCUCAUUAUAUGAUAUAGUUAUAGGUGAUUCAAUGGGAAGAAUCUCUAAGUUAGACUUUGAUUUAAUUCAGAAUGACGAUAUAUUGAACGUUUAUCAUAAAGAGGUGAAAUUUACUUCUUAUUUUAAUCCAGGACAGUACAAACGAUCUGAUACAAAUGGUAAGACAAUCACUAAGAAUAUAGAAUCUAACGGUGAGCAAUCUUCAACCGAUCAAAAGAAGAAGAAAAAGGUACAUGGUGGGGUAUUGGACAUGAAAUUUAUUGAUCAAGAUACUUUACUUUUUUCAUUUUGUGAUGACUCAAAUUUGAACUCUUUGAAUCUACGGGUAAAUAAAUUGACGAUAAAUAAAGGCGGUUUUGCGUUGACAAGAAGUUCAUUGUUAACUAACAGAAGACAUGUGAUAACAGAAAAUACCAAAGGUGAAGUUCAAAGAUGGGAUAUCGUCUCUUGUGAGUUGUUAAAUACGUUUCCAUCCAAUGAGGGAUCAUUUGAUGAUAUAGUGAUUCGAUUCACCUCCAAAGAAAUUUUAUCACAUUGGUGUACAGUCUCCGUUAAAGUGGGUGUUUUAUUUGUCAAGAUCAAUGAAAAAUUCUUGAGCACAGAAAUUUAUGGUUCAGCUUUAGAAAAAUACGAAAUAAUUAAUGACAUUGAAAUAAAUGCGGAACAACGAUAUAACCUGGGAAAAAUUGUUAUCAACUCAUUAUUCAAUGAAUUUCUAAAUUAUGAGGCUCAAAAGGAUGAAAUAGUAAGAAAGAGGAUCCUUACAAAAAAGAAAAGCAUCCAUCACCAUCAGAAGGAUACAGCGAAAAAUAGUAAAAAUUCCAUAGGUAAGCACAGAAACAAUGUAUUUUCAAAAUUGAACUCUUCAGCAUCCAACUUGGCUGAUAGUUACGAUUCCUCAUUUGCCUCAGUACCAGGAACUCCCCUAGUACGGAAUCUGGAAAAUAAAGGUAUGGAUAUUUCUAUAUCAAAUACAGAUCAAUUUUUAUUGAAACCUCCAGGUUCGGCACCUCCACUUACAACGAAUCCGCUUGAAUCAGUUGAUCCUCUCGAUAUAGUUCAGCCCUCUCCAAUGGAUAGAUCAGCAAGCAGUAGUCAUUAUAAUAUGUUAUCUAGAAGAUUCAAAUCAUUUAGAGAGAACAAUUCCAAGCAAAACCUCAUUGGCGUGAAUACACCUGAGGAAAAUAUGUCUGAUAUUGAUGGCGGAUUUGUCACUUCAGAGAAUAGUAAAGAUGUUUCUACUGAGCCAUUGUUGUGGAACCAAGAGAGUUCAACUGAAAAUGGUGUUGAUAAGAAUGUCAGCAAUUUCGCAUUGGGGCCAAUCAAUACGAACUUAGAGAAAUUGAGAAACGAAGAAUCUUCAAGGAUGAAUUCAAUUUCAAGUAUAAACUCACCAAUGAUGUCUUCAAUAGCUGUCACAAAUGCUGGAAAGAAGGAGGAUUUCAUGUCUGAUUUAUUGGAUGAAAUUCAUAAUGCCUAUAUUCAGGAGUAUAACAAUAGUAAUAGUUCAUCAUUAAAAAUAUUAUCGAAGAAAAGUCUAGAAUCAAAAAUUGAAAAGGAUCUCACAUGUCCAUUAAUUCAAGUAAAAUCUGGGUCUCUGAUACUAGUUCAUUGUUGGAACGAUGGAUCCUGUGGAGGAAGAGUUUUGUUCUCAACAUAUUUACCUCCUUCAAGAUCUCCUCAUAAACAUAAGAUUGGAGAAGGCAACAGUAGCACCAACUAUGACGACGACAGAGCCAAUGAUUCAAAAGAUCAUAGCUCUGAUUUAGGUGAUAGUGCGCUUGUAGAUUCGUCAAGAGUUUUCAAGGACGACGUAUUAUUGGAAGAAGAUGAGUUCGAACAUGAUGAAUAUGGCACUGGAAUUAGAAAGCGUCAAAUAUUUGAACAGUUUGAAAGGAAUCUACCUUAUUGGUUUGCAAAGACAUUAUUCAAAAAUGUUAAGAUUGUUGAAAUUGAACAACCAAAGGUUAACUUUAUUAUAGCUCCAUGGGUUGGUAAUCGUGAAGAAGCUUUAAACGGUACAUCUACUGACAGCAAAGGAAACUCUAACGAUACUCAAUUCCAUUAUAGGUUAAAGUUUGGAAAAAGUAAAGAGCAAACCCUAGCCAGUACGGAUCUACCAAAAGUUUCGGACGCGAAUGCUAAACUAAUUGCUCCAGGGAUGAUCAAAGUGAAAAAGAUAAAACUUUAUGUAAUUGAUCGAUUUGAUGGGAAAACCCCCGAAAUGAAAGCUAAACAAGAUCCGAGUAUAUGGUUGGAAUUGCUCUGUAGAGACCAGGUUUUAGACAAUGAUAUGACUUUGAGUACAGUUAGGACUUUGUAUUGGAAAUCGCAAGGUGAGAUUAUAAUAAAUUUCAGAAGAAAACCCAACACAAUAUAG